AUGUCCAGAGUUUCAUAUUCCAGUGUGUUUGGGACCUUGAUGUAUGUUAUGAUUUGUACUCAUACCGACAUUUGCUAUGUCGUUCGCCUGGUCAGUAGGUAUCAAUCUAAUUCUGGAAUAAAACAUUGGAAAGCUGUAAAGAGGAUAUUAAGACACUUGAAGGAUACUGCUAGCUAUUCUCUAUGCUAUCAAGGAGGACCUAUUUUGAUUUAUUGUGAUAAUCAGGUUGCUAUUGCAUAUGCAAAGAAUCUCAAGUAUUGUAGCAGAAUCAAAUACAUUGAUACAACAUAUAAAUUUGCAAGAGUCAUCAUAGGAAAGAAAGAAUAUUUCAAAUAUGUUGAAAUUGGUUUACUCACAAGAACAAUCGGCUCAAGCAAAUUGGGAUGUGAUGAGAUCAAACAGGGCGAUCAUACUGUGUACAUGAUACAGCCGUCUUGA